UUUAUUUUUCUUAUAUUGGUACGAGAUUUUAUUGAUUGUUUUCUUUCAUAAAAGAUUUUCGGCCAGACGGCGACUGAAAUUGCAAGUUUCUGUGAUAUAUUUAUUUUCAAUAAUUAACUAUUCUUAUCAACCAAUUAAAUGAGCAGGGAUAUCGAGUUAUGUCUAUAAGUAAUGGAAGGUACAGAACUGGGUGGCGACCAGCAAUUCUGUUUGAGAUGGAACAAUUUUCAAGCAAAUAUAACAUCUCAAUUCGAGGCACUGCGCGAUGAUGAGGACUUCGUGGAUGUCACCCUGGCAUGCGAGGGACACAGGUUGGAGGCCCACAAAGUGGUUCUCUCUGCCUGUAGUCCAUAUUUCAAGGAAUUAUUUAAAAACAAUCCAUGUCCUCACCCGAUAAUAUUCAUGCGCGACUGCGAGGUGUCGCACGUGCGCGCCCUCCUGCAGUUCAUGUACGUGGGCCAGGUGAACAUUGCGCAGGCGCAGCUCAGCGCGUUCCUGCGCACCGCUGACGCGUUGCAGAUCCGCGGCCUCACAGACUGCUCGCAACACAACGAUAAAAAAGUAAAUCGCAAAUCUCCUCCUUCCCAACUGCGCAAUCUGCUCAGCGCAAAGCCGUCACAUUCUACCUCCUCCUCCAAAGCCGCAAGCCAAAAUGUCGAGUCGACCUCUGUUGACGACCAAGACAAGUGUGCGAAUCGCCGCUCCGAAAGAAAUUCUCCCGACGUUGCCAGAAACAAUCUCAAUGAAGAAGCUCCUUUUCAACCUUCUAGUCAAAUGAGGCCUAAUAACGAUGACUAUAGCGAAACGUGCAACUACCCUGCUUUAAGGGUGAAAUCUGAUCUCGAAGCUGAAGUGAAACAUGAAGAGAGUGACAUUAUCAUGGAUCCAGGGGACCCAGAAAGAGCUGAUAAGUCACAGGACUUUAACGCGUCCGACUUGUUGGAGCCCAAGAUGGAAGUGGUGGAACAAGAGGCGAGCGACGAGGAGCGUUCCAGUUUCCCCCCUAUGUUUUAUGAGAACAAUAGUUUGGCAAAUCCUUUCGCUGCCUUGCAAGGUAACAUGGAUCUCAUGUCGGGGAUGAGCGCGGAACUUCGCGACGAGAGCGCGGAAGCAUUGGCAGUGGGCCGCUGGGACGGUCGCCGCAACCGACCCGUGCCGGACGCUGUGUGGCUCGAACAGCACCGCAGCGCGCUACCUUUUGUGCUCAAGAGGGAGAACGAGAGAGGCGCCGUGGCCCCACGACUGAUAAAGCUGGGCGAAGGCGUGGAGAUACGGGAGGAGUUGUUACGGGGGGUGAAGUGGGGUGACUAUCGGAAGGUGACGCGGGGGUUGGCGGCGGCGUUGUUUUCGCCGAUCGAGCUGGCGACUUGCUCGGUGACCGGGCAGCGGUGGUCGCGGGCGGGACAGGAGUCCCGGCCCACGAAGCCCCCGCUCGACAGGCGCAGAGUGCACGCCCUCAUCUCGUACGUGAGCCGCCACUUCCCAGACGUGGAGGUCAGCCGCAUCAAACAGGUGCUCGCCUACAAAUGCAAAGAGAACUGCGCCGCGCUCAGGAUGAGGACCGCCAGGCUCUCAAACUGUUUCAGCGAGUCGACAAACUACCUGCUGUCUGCAGCCGCGCGGCCGCCGCCCUGCGACGACGCGCCCGGCGGCAGCGCCAGACCUACAUUCUCUAAUUUGUAUUGUUUGUUGCAGCGAGGCGUCGAAGGGCCCCGGGACAGGCGGGACAGGCGGUGGAGGGGGGACAGGCGGCGAGGGCGGCGCGGCGGAGGAGCCGCAGUGACCCGCCCCCGCCCCCGCCGCCCCGGCGCCGCCCGACUGUUGCAUAUCAAUUUCAUAAUCUUGUUAUUUUUUACCAAAAAGAAAAUCUACGAUACUCAACGCCGGCGACGGCGCAGAUCGCCCGUGUAAAAUAUUCAUAUUUAUUUAGGUGAUAUUUUUCUAUUGGCUACUGAUAAGAUUUUAUCUCGUUAUGUGUCCGCCGGCCGCGCCGGGGACGCAUUGUUGGUCGCCCGGAGCUCUAGCAAUAAUUUAUCAGGUUCCUAAGACAUGUUUUGUAGUUAGGUUCUAUUGCACGAAUUUUCGCGAACACUGCCGCUUGUUUUCUAAAUUUCAUUUCAUGAUUAGUCGUUUUAUUGCUUCCUUUAUUAUAUUUUAAAAAAAACGAGUCAUUUUCAACGUUACGUUAAAAUUUGUAUAUGAGGCAUUUAAGUGCUGUACGAGGGACCGUUGCAAUUGCAAAGUAAAUAUAUCAAAAUGGCAUAAUUUUUAGGACUAACAUAGAAUAUAACAUAGUCAUUUCGUUUUAUAGGUGUAAAUGAUAAAGAAUUUAUUUUGGAAUGUCAGGUUUGGAUUUUGUAGUCUUCGGAGAGCUGUGAUCAUGAUGGAUAUAAAGCAGUCAUAUUUUUAAAUAUACAAUUAAGAAGUUAUUAACGUAAUUAUUGUCAAGCGUACGGAUUACCUGUAUGUCCGUACGGUAAGCGGUAGUUAGUUACAGUCAUCCGUUCGCUUCCCUGCGCUCGCGUCUGCGCACGUACGCUCGGACACACGGACGGGUGCAGAGGGGCCCCUUGACAUCGCACGGGUGUAAUUAUCAUAUCAAAUGAAGCAAUAACUAAACUAUUAUUUGAUAAAAAUGAGUUUUUAAUUUUAAAAUACUAUUUUAAACGAGUUGUUAUAAAAAGUAGUUAGCGAAUUUAAAAAAUAAUUGAAAAGUCCACGGUUAGUUCUUUUGAACGAUAAAUCCUCAUAAUAACCUGUAUCGUACACGGAAACGUCAUAUCUUUUUGUACGUCUUGUAUUCGUAAAUAAAUACCUACGUCAGAUCAUUGAAACAGGAGAAAAGAUUAAUAUAGAUACUUGAUACGUUGUGAUAUAAAAAUAAGAAUGGAAAAAACGUGUCGAGGUGUAUAUGUGAGGUAACACGCCUUGAGUGAUAUGUGAUGGUUAUAGUAAAAGUUAUACAUAUACGUAUUGCUGCGCGUUCCAAGGAGUGCAUUUCGUGUGCAAUGGUAGGGGUGUUGUGGUUUUAUACGAUUUUGUAGUGUGUUAUACGUAAGAUAACUAAAGGCGUUACCAAGGACGUAGCUUUGGGUGUCAUGGACAUAUCUUUGCUUGAGAAGCGAAACUAAUAAAGUUGUACAAGCUCUGACGGAUUAACGACUCUAAUGCAAUGGCAUAAGAUAGAUAUUGCACUAAUUUUACUGUUAGUGAAUAUGAGUGAUCUAUGCAUUUUGCAAUAAAGUCCGUUAACAUCAAGACAAAAACAGAUCAGUGGGUAAAAGAGAUAAAGUCUCGCAGAUGGCGCCGCCUCCGAGCUUGUUUUCUUGUUUCCGUGAUCUGUGCACGGACUAUUUAUCACAUUCAAACAUUGGUGUACCUACGAAUAAGUUACAGUUACCAGACUUAGGAUAUUUUAGUAGACACGAGCUACGUAGUGAAUUCUUAAUAAAAUUCGUAUUGUAAUAUUUUACGAUGCCAAUCGAAAGUCUAAAUGCUCAAUUUUGCCAAAUUUUACUUGCCGAAAAAACGUCAUGAUUUUUGUAUGUUUAUUUAAUAUUUGGAAUUAUAUAUUUAAUAUUUGGAAGCCAUUCCGAAAAUAAUGUCUUUCGCCAAUUAUAAUUGGGAAUGUUGCUCAAACGCAUGUUUAUUAGUCCUAUCCGUACAGAAAACAUUAUUAUUUGGCCCAAUCGAAAUUAUAUCAUUAGAUGAUUAAAUUAAAUGAUUUAAUUGUAAGUUUUAGAGAAAAAAAAUCAUUCAAAAUUUUAAUGAAUUGCAAAUGUAAGUUACUUAUAAAUUGUGACGAAUGCUCGAGAUGCAAUAUGUUAAUUUAGUGCCAAAUGAUAUAAGUUAACUCGUAGCAAUAUAUUGUAUCCUAAUGCUCUUGUAAUUUCUCACGUAGUGUUAAUAACCUAUGAGGUUUCAAAGGUUUCUUUUACAAGACUAUAUUAAUAUAUGUAUACAGGGAAAGUGUUAGGUAAUGUAUUUGUUGUUCGGAUCUAAGAGUGUUGUUGGGGUAAAAUACUCAUUGUUGAGGCAGGGUGUAAAAAUAAACGUAAUUACACCCAGAAUGUGCCGCUUACAUGAUAACACUGUUCUCUUGUGUGUAAACCUGUCAUAACGAAAACUAGCUGACGUGUCAUCUUUAUAUGCCUAUCUCUUUCGCUCGCGUACAUUGGUUAAAAAGUUCCUGUGUAUUAUGUGAAAGACAAAGAUAGGAACAUGUUUAGUCCACUAACGACGUUAUAUGACAUUAUUAUAGUUUCUAAUACAAGAGUUAAUUCAAAAUGAAACCACUUCUCUAAACAGGGUAUACUUAAAAGAAAACACGGCUUCUAUUGCUAUUAUUUUUACACUCUGUUCUGUAAAUAGCACUGAAUGAGCAAUGGAACAAGAGAAUUUAUUUACUCAUAUAAGUUUUUUAAUUAUUUACUAUAAUUUUAUACUAAAUUUUAAUAUACAUUAUUUUGCAUUUUAUUGCGUAAUGGCAGCUGUCCAUUGACCGUGACGAUCAUUGAGUUUUUAGGGUUUCAUAAAUAAAUUGUUAAUCGAUACAUCGAACAUGACACAUUGGGCACAAAUAUCGUUAAAACGCAUAGUCGCCUUUGCUUUCUAUUUUGAAUAUUUAUAAAAUAUAAUGAAUUCGUUCCUGAUACUAGUGUCUGUCGUAGCUAUGUGGAACCCUAAUAUAAGAGUUAAUUUUCACUGAGCAGAUAUACAAAACUAAGUAAUAUAAAAAAGAACAACAUCGAUGCCACUGCGCUCUCGGGCGCAGCGUUGUGCCAAAAUUAAGUGCUAGUCUUUAAAAACAAAUGUUGUUAUCAUUUUUCAGAUUUUAUUUAGUCCAGAAUGUGUUUGUUCCUGUGCUGUGAAAAUUAUUUCGGACAAAUCAACACUUGAUGGUUAUAUUACGUGGACGUUCCAACUUUUUUGUGCGUAAUAUAAAUUACAGAUGGUACGCAAAUCGUGGAAUCGUUAAAAUAAGUUACCGAAUGAGUUUAAGCAAAUGUAAGCAAAGCAUAAUCCAAUUGUGUAACCGUUUUAGCGUUUAUAAUCUAUACUUGAAUUAUUUCUGUUAAGUGAAAUAAACCUCUGUGUGUUAGUCUUGAAGUUUUUCGUAUUUAUAAUUGUCAUUUGGUGUUUUGUUUCGUAAGACUGAAUGGUAGUGAAAGCUAAACUGUUCUUUUAUUACCUCGCAUUUCGCACUGUAGGUUUGCUCGUGCUUACAUUUGCUCAAUUACAUAUAACUUAGUGUCAUUUUAAGAGUCAUUGAAAUCUAGAAUUAUGGUAUGUUGUGUUGAUUUGUUAUUAUAUUUAAUAGUAUUUUAUAAAAAUGCACAUAAUCAUUAUUUUUUAGCUUUGAGCUUGUGCAAUAUUAUUCCAAAUUGUUUAUAAAAUCUGUUAUGAUUAUUUCUAAAUUGUUAAUAUAAAUAUUUUUGUAAUACUUAAAAGACGAAGGCAACGGAAAUUAUAUUUUUGUUGUGCAUUUAUUCAAAUUUUAUCAAUUUAACCACAAACUCAUUGUGGACUGUAAUGUCUGCAUCUGUGAAAACUGUUAAUUAGGUACAUACACUAGAACCUUUUUUUUAAUAUAAUGCUGAUAUAAUAUAUUGUGAGUCAAUUCUAGUAAUGAUAAUGUUCCCUUUUUAUUUAGAAUAAUUUACGUUAAUAUACAAAUUAAUCUAAGAUUGCUCAAUCAAGAUGCAAUGCUAACUGAGAGAUAGAAUUAUGAGAAUAAUUGUAUAUUAUGUUCUUUUAUAAUACUAUUUAUCAGAUUUUUCAGUUUUUGAUUUGUGAGUUAUUGGCAGCGCAUGUUAGUCUUAUGUUAAUUCUUAAGAGAGGCCAAAUGUUGACUUGCUUAUGUGAGACUGUUUUGCCAAGAAUCAGAAAGUAUAUUAUUACCUACAUUGUUUUAAAAUAAAUGCUUUUAUAUAAAA